UGUCGAAAUGUCAAACGUCUGUCAUAACAAAAACACGUGUGCUUUAUACAAUUUGACUUUGUGCUUUUUAUUUUGGCUUUAUUUUAUUAAAUACGUUCUGACUGAUAGUUUUCCCGUAAUUUAUUUAAUAAAGUAAUCUGCAAAAACAGUGUUUUAGUACACAAACUCAAGAACAUGGGUAAGAAAAGAAAACUGGCUUCCAAAGACGAUGAAUUUGAAUAUGAUCCAAUACCAAGACAUUUAGUUACAUCACAUAUUAAAAAGCAAGAGAAACGCCUUAUAGUUAUUUUAGAAAAUGCACAAUUAGAGACGGUCAAGACUGGGAAUAGUUUUGAAUUGUUGAACUGUGAUGACCAUGCCAACAUACUUCGAAAAAACAACCGUGAUCCCGGUACAUGCCGGCCAGAUAUCACUCAUCAGUCUCUGUUGAUGCUAAUGGACUCUCCACUUAACCGUGCUGGUUUGCUGCAAGUCUAUAUUCACACAGAAAAGAAUGUCCUUAUUGAAAUAAACCCACAGACCCGAAUACCAAGAACAUUCAAGAGAUUUGCAGGAUUAAUGGUUCAACUACUACAUAAGUUUGCAAUUAGAGCAUCAGAUGGGCCUAUGAAACUAUUAAAGGUAAUUAAGAAUCCAGUGACACAACACCUGCCAGUCGGUGUAAAGAAGAUAACAAUGUCUUUUAGUUCCAAAGUUGUUCAGAAUUGCCGGGAGCUAGUGCCUAAGGAUGAACCCAUAGUGUUAAUCAUUGGCGCUAUGGCCCAUGGGAAGGUUGAAGUGGACUAUUCAGAAGAUGUUAUAUCUAUAAGCAAUUAUCCGUUGUCAGCAGCCUUGACUUGUGCAAAACUAUGUACUGCUUUUGAAGAAGUGUGGGAGGUGGUGUAAAUAAAUUCUAUUUUUAGAUA